AUGUUCAAAAGAUACAAGCUUAAACCAAAAGUGGUAAAGCCGCUGGCUGUUAGGUCAAAAACUGUUGGUGUCUCAAAAAGAAUAGACGAUGAUUUGCUUAAGAUAUUAAGCAUGCUAAAGCACUCUUCUGCUACAAUUAGAAUGCGGGGAGCAAGAGAAGCAGAAGAGCUUGAGUGCAUUUCAGAGGAAAUGAUUCGAGAGAUUAUGAAGAUGUGUAAGAGUGAUAAAAAAGAAGUGAGAGGGCUUUUUUAUAGGAUCACCCAGCGGUUUUUAGCAAAGGCCCUUCCAGCUGAGUUGAAGAAUUGGGAAGAGUAUAUUAUGCUGUAUUUAGAAACUAUGAUGACAUGCACGGUUAUUGAUGUGCGAAAAGACAGCCUAAACUUAUUAGACAUUUCAAUGAAAUACUUUCCUGAUAAAGUCAACGGGAUGAAGCAAGAGCUGAUGAAGUGGCUUAAAAACGAUGAAAGGAUUAUGUCAUUGGACCCAACGUGCACAAAAUGGACUAGUGACAUUAUAAAGCGGCAGAAAGUAUUACUUUCACUCCAAAAAUCAAAACAUCCAGUAGUUCCAUUCAAUAGCAAAAUAUAUUUACUUGAAACUGGUGUAUUUAUAAAUGGUUUGUAUAAAGGCAGUGAUUAA